CAGAGAACGGAUCUUGAACGUCUCACUCUGGUCCUCAUUGUGCAGCCGAGGAAACGUCGCAAGGUUCCGCCGACGUCGGUAUGAAAUGGCAGAAAGUGCUUGUGUCACGGAAGCUCAAAGAUUAGGUUACGCCGUAGCCACACAUGCAUAUUGCCGGGACCCCGGCCUGUUAGUUUGAGGGCCGCCCAAGUGUCUCCGAAAACGGAUUCAAGCGUUGUUUGGUCUCCAAAACCGCCCAGGUUGUGUCUCCGGCGGACAGCCAGCGAACGGCGACUGCGGGUCGACACUGUUGGAAUUAUUCGGAGAGGGGUGUUGAACGAUAUCCUCCACUUGGAUGCUCAGCCACAGUCCAAGGCAAAACCAUGAACCGGAACAAGCGUGAAAAGGAGUACUACAGUAUAGAUGUGGGCGACUCAACAUUUAUGGUUUUAAAGCGCUACCAGAAUCUCAGACCCAUUGGAUCCGGAGCACAGGGAAUUGUCUGUUCGGCUUACGACCACAACCUGGAGAGGAACGUCGCCAUCAAAAAGCUGAGCAGACCCUUUCAGAAUCAGACUCAUGCGAAACGAGCCUACAGAGAAUUGGUGCUCAUGAAAUGUGUCAACCACAAGAAUAUAAUCGGUCUAUUAAAUGUAUUCACGCCACAGAAGACACUGGAGGAGUUCCAAGAUGUAUAUCUUGUUAUGGAGUUGAUGGACGCCAACCUCUGCCAGGUGAUUCAGAUGGAGCUGGACCACGAGAGGCUGUCUUACUUGCUCUACCAAAUGCUGUGUGGAAUCAAACACCUGCAUGCAGCUGGAAUCAUUCAUAGGGACCUGAAGCCAAGUAACAUUGUGGUCAAGUCAGAUUGUACCCUUAAGAUCCUGGACUUUGGCCUGGCCAGGACUGCUGCCACGGGGCUGCUUAUGACGCCUUAUGUGGUCACCCGUUAUUACCGUGCCCCUGAAGUCAUCCUGGGCAUGGGUUACCAGGCUAACGUUGAUGUCUGGUCUGUUGGCUGCAUCAUGGCUGAAAUGGUCCGGGGUAGUGUGUUGUUUCCUGGCACUGAUCAUAUUGACCAGUGGAAUAAGGUGAUCGAGCAGUUGGGGACCCCGUCUCAGGAGUUCCUGAUGAAACUCAACCAAUCGGUGAGGACCUACGUGGAGAACCGACCGCGCUAUGCCGGCUACAGCUUUGAGAAGCUAUUUCCCGACGUUCUGUUUCCCGCAGACUCUGAACACAACAAACUGAAAGCAAGUCAAGCCAGAGAUUUGCUGUCAAAGAUGCUGGUCAUAGACGCUUCCAAACGGAUCUCGGUGGACGAGGCCCUUCAGCACUCUUACAUCAACGUGUGGUAUGACCCCACUGAAGUGGAAGCACCGCCACCAGCAAUCACCGACAAGCAGCUGGAUGAGCGGGAGCAUACGGUGGAAGAGUGGAAAGAGUUGAUAUACAAAGAAGUCUUGGACUGGGAGGAAAGGACAAAAAAUGGUGUCAUAAGAGGACCGCCAGCGUCCAUCGGUGCAACAGUGAGCAGCGACCCCUCGCAGCAGCACCAGAACCCCCCCGCUACACGCUCCCCCGCCCAUGUCACCUCCACAUCCACAGAACCCAAUACGGGCGACGCGCUGGGCCGCUGCAGGUGACCAUCUCGUAAUUCUCUUCCGUCUCAAAAGACAGAUUAUUAUUAUUUUUUUUAAGUUCUUUUGAGUAAACAAUCUCAAGGUAAGAGACAAUUUCACUACAACGCGGUUUGUAAAGACCCGACUGUGACGACCUAAAUGUGUGUGGAACGCCCGUAUGCUACUGCUCGGGUAAACGUCCAAUGACUUUGUACAGUUUUGACACUAGAUAGUCGGUAGUUAAUUGACACACCCCUCCCGUCUUACACAGUUAUUCAAGGCUUUAGGAGCAAUGUUUUAAGUGGAACCUUCAAAGUGGAACAAAAAGGGGAUCCGAGGUGCCGAUUUCAAAACAAUUUGUCUCCAAUUUGUUUUCACUGGUUCAAUCAGCGCCAUCCUAAAAAUGUAAGUGUAUGGCAAUAUUUGAAAAAUGAGGCCGAAGAAAUGUAAAUGUUGCUUCGGCCGUUUUGUGGAGUCCAGCUGCCAAGGAACUAUUUUGAGGUGAGUUGAGGAGCUUCCUUUCGUCAAUUCUAGUCCUUUGCGGUGACGAUUUCACAUUUUCUUCCGCUUUGGAGGUUCCACCGAAUACGAAUGGAGGGUGUGUAGCUGGACCUACGAUAAGAUGGGUGGAAGUGUUGCACGUGAGAAUGUUUCCGUUGAAAAGGUUAUCAGGAUGUAGAACAUAUGACAAGGCAAGUGAUUUUUAUUUGAAUGAGAAAGUGAAGAAAAGAAAAAAAAAAUUCAUCCCGUUAUUAGUAACUUUUAAUACUGUUGUGUGUUCAUGAUGUCUCUUGGGACAGCUGCGGUUAAAAAGCGAGUAAGUUGCAUGUUUAAGCAGCAGCACACCAAAAAAAAAAAAAUGGAAGAAAACAAUUCUUACUUUAUGCAAUAAUGUUGUCCUUUGAAGUGUUUGUACUCAAGAGAAAAGUGCCUGUUGUACUGUAACAAGUCAUUCAUAUUGUUUUGAAGGCAUCUGAAUAGUUAACAGUAGUUUCCAACUCGAACCACUACUUUGUGUGUGUGGGGUGGCAGGGGGGCGCGUUUGUAUAUUUUUCUACUUUGUUUUCAUUUUGACCCUCGCGGGACACCGGAGGUGACGAUGUGUCUGAGGCAAGCAGUGUCACCAAGGUCUUUCAUCAAAGUUUCGCAAUCAGCAAUACAAUGGGCCCCUUUCCGCAAAAUAUAAGAUAUUAUAUUAAAAUAUAAUACUAGCCAGGGAGAAAAAAAAAAAACAAUGCUGGAGUAGUUUGCAUAGUUAAACAAGCAAGGAUAUAUUUAGGUGGAGGCAUAUGUUUUAGGUGGAGGCCAUAUCUAUUAUUGUUUUUUUUUUCAUUUUUUUUUUCAUUUUUAAUGAUGGUUUUUAAUUUUGGAACCGUGCAGUAAACAUGACCGAAAAGAAAGUACGUUCGUUGUAGCUGUUUGCUGUACGCUGUGUUGGCAAUGCAGUCGUUUCUGUUAAAUAUGUCAAGGACUACUGUAUGAUGGCUCCUUUCAAAACAUAAAAUCAUAACUUCACAUUGGGUUGUACCAGCAAACUCUGAAUAAAUUGUGCAAUCUACAGUCAUCCCUCGGGAAAAACAGUAAAAACAUAAAAUCAUUUUAAUCAGAAAAAGUACCAAAUCUAUAAUUCAUGUAAAAAAUGAAAUUAGGAGGAAAAAUACCUUUUUUAAUUUAUUUUUUAUUUAAAUCCUACUCUCCAAACACAUUUAUAUUUAAAUAAAUGAAAAACACAUUAGAACAUUCUCGAAAGGUUAAUGUAUUUUAAUAGUUGCAUUCAAAAAGAGUAAUUCCUCUUUUGUCAAGCACCCAAGAAAAUACUUCUGUAUGCAAAAUACUGCCCAAUUUUAACACAGAAAUUACUGUAAUAAUGUAAUAUCCAAAUGUAUACAAAAUAAACUUGAAAUAUUUCCCUCGUUGAAGUGACCCUAUUUCACUUGAAUUUAGAAAUUUUACAUUUUCAACAAUACUAAACUAAAUAAUAAUAAUCCCAAGCAGUUUGAAUGGUGCAAUCCAAGUCGAAGGUUACUCUUUUUGCCCUUUUGAUUUUUUUUUUUUUACUGAUUCCUAACUGAAGAGUCAUUAUUAUUUUGAAAGUGCUCUUAAUUUUCUCCACGCGGCUUUUAAUUUAAAAUUCCUUCUGUCUCUAAUUUGUCCGAAUCACUAAUCUAUCGGCUUUGAUGAACUACCUCACGCUGAAUUUCUGCCACUUCUUGCGUCAUCAUCGCUCGCCUGGAUGACAUGUGAAUAACAGAUUCCAUUAUUAUUUAUUUAUUUGACUGAGUUUUAAAAAAUAAAAAAAAAGUGUCGCUUUCCACAGAUUUUGUACAUAAUGUAAAGUUCACCUACCAGUGAGAGGAGAGUCCUAUGUAUUUUCUUUGUCGUUGUUGUUUUCCAACUUAAAUGUGCAAUACCUUCAGCAAAGUGUGCUCUCGAAGCGUCGCCUGAAGGUAAUCAAAAGUGUUGGUACUGUCAACCCCCCCCCCCCUUUUUUUUCCCCCCAUAAUUCAGAUCCAUUUUAAGACUUCAGCCUUACCCUCCUGACAGAUUUUAGGUUGCGGUAAAACAAAUAAUGGUAAUAAUAAUCAUAUCCUAUGUAUGGUGCUGGUUUGCGAGUAACUCCAGCCAAGAAAAUAAAAUAGUUCCAAGAAUUCCCAAGUAUAAAAAAAAAAACCAUACACUGGGAUCUCAUGAUACCUCCUCUUCAAUUCAAUACAAUGGCAGAACAAGAAAACAAUGUGUACUACAAAUAAAAGAAUCCACUUUG